AUGGGAGGAAGCAGAGGCUCUAAUAGUAAUAGCAAUAGACAGGUUGGAAAUCAAAAUGCUGGCGGUAGUAAGUCGUCCAAUGUAGCAGCAAGUGGUGGUGGUGGUGGAGGCAAUGCAGCAGGGAAUAUGAAAGCACCUGGAAGAGAUUAUGCAAUCUCCAGGGAGAGCUUUGAGAGUAACCCAGCUGCCUAUUUCAAGGAUUUGCGCAAAUAG